AUGGCUUUGGCACGUUUGGCCUUGAGGAAUUUGUCCCAAAGGACGAGCUCCUCUGCUUCUCCUUGGGUGAGUCAUGGAGUUAGUGAGGGUAGUAGUAGUACCCUUGGUGUUCUUGGUGGGGCUCGAAGGCAAUGCUGCAACCAUGAUGGGUUGUUGAAGAGGUUCAUGACAACAACGAGUGAGAAAGUGGCUGGUGAGAAAGAAGUUGCUGUCGGCAAGGGUAGUGAGAAGAAGUCUAAGCCGUUUUCCAGGAAGAAAGGCAGGAGGGGCCUUUGGAGGAAGAGUGAUGGAAGUGAUUUUGUCCCUGCACUUUAUGGUACCUUCGGUCUAGGAAAUGCACUCUUGCAAGCAACUGAUAACAUUAACAGGCUGUUCCAAAACUUGGAGACUCUGUCACCCUCCAACCUCAUAGGCCGUCUUAAAGAGAAAGAUGAAUGCUACAAAUUAAGGUUCGAGGUUCCGGGUGUAUCGAAAGAGGAUUUGAAGAUCACCAUUGAUGAUGGGGUCUUGACAAUAAAGGGAGAGCACAAGGACGAGGAGGAAGAAGGAUCAGACGACGAGUACUGGUCAAAGAGGAGCUAUGGAUAUUAUAAUACUAGCAUCAUGUUGCCUGAUGAUGCUAAAGCUGAUGAAAUUAAGGCCGAGCUGAAGGAUGGUUUGCUCUACGUUACUAUUCCAAGAACUGAGAAGUCUAAAAAGGAUGUCAAAGAGAUUGACAUCCAGUAG